AUGAACAGCUCUAAGCGCAAGCUUCCGAAAGAUAUUGAACGGAGCAUCACAACUCGCGCUGAAGGCAUGAUGCGGAAAGCCAUGGAGCUCACUAAAUUAGGCGUGCGCGUGGCUUUCUACAUCGAAAAGACAGAUGAAGGCAAGGCCUUGCGAUUUAAAACCCAUUCUGCCAUGGAGCCGAACUGGGAGCUAGCUGCCAAUAUUGUCUCUGGAAAGUCUGAGCAAGAGCCACCAGCUGUUCGGUCGCCCGAUUUGCGUUCUACGCCAUCUUUGCCAGACGUGGAAUCUCUCAAUUUGAAUUGGCCUUCCAUGGGAGGCACCCCUAAAAUUGAGCCACUGCCUGAGCUCAUCUGGGAUGAUGUCAAGGCAACUAGUACGCCCGAAUCCUCGGCGAACAGUGGCAAGGCUAGCGCAAAGGCACCCCCGCUGAACAGUAAAAUCUUCAGUGCGGGUUCGGCUUCAGGGCCUUCACGAAAGCGUCCCCUCUCCCUGGAUGAUGCUUCUUCGUCGGAAUUGGGCACGUCGAAGAGAACGAAGAGAAAAGAACCCCCUUCCCCGUGGUUUGAGAAGUAG